AUGGCGUUGGACAGGAGAGACACGGUGCCGAUUCCUCAUCCUCCUACAAUACCAUUCCUGGGAAACAUCCUCGACUUGAACGCAGAGAUUCCGCUGCUGAAGCUGCUUGACUUUGGCAAGCAAUAUGGCGAGAUCUUCAGUCUAUACAUCGGCUCAAAACGGCGGAUGUUCGUCAGCUCACAUGCCAUGGCCAACGAGCUCUGUGAUGAGAAACGCUUCCACAAGACCGUCGCAUCAUCUCUCAAGGAACUGCGAGAAGGAAUCCACGAUGGACUUUUCACAGCUUUCGAUGGCGAGGAGAACUGGAUGACUGCCCACAGAACACUCGUGCCGGCUUUCGGACCGCUCAAUAUCUCGGGCAUGUUCGACUCGAUGAAAGAUAUCGCAUCGCAACUCGUGAUGAAAUGGGCACGACAUGGCACCUCGUACAAGAUUCCUGUAGCUGAGGACUUUACGAGACUGACUCUGGAUACUCUGGCUCUUUGUGCGAUGGACUACAGGUUCAACUCGUUCUACACUGAGGAAAUGCACCCUUUCGUGUCGGCCAUGGUGAACUUUUUGAAAUACGCAGAGGUGCGAUCGAAGAGGCCGUCCUUACUCGCCCCGUUCUACAGUGCCGACGAGGCGAAGUGGCAGGCUGAUAUCGAAUACAUGCGGAAUCUGGCCAGAGAACUCGUCCAGGAUCGGAGGGAUCAUCCUCGGGAGGUCAAGGACCUGUUGAAUGCCAUGGUGAAUGGCAAAGAUCCCAAGACUGGGAAGCACUUGCCAGAGCAGUCGAUCAUCGAUAAUAUGAUCACGUUCCUCAUCGCCGGCCACGAAACGACAUCUGGGAUGCUCUCGUUUACGUUCUACUACCUCUUGAAGAACCCGGACGCCUACCGCAAAGCACAGCAAGAAGUCGACGAAGUCGUUGGCCGUGAGAGCGUUACGCUGGAGCAUCUCAGCAAACUCCCUUACAUCACAGCGGUGCUUCGAGAAGCAUCGCGGUUGCAACCCACUGCUCCUGGCUUCAGUAUCGCUCCGCGAAGUGAGCAGGGAGAUACGCUAGGUGCCAAGUACUUCAUCGAACCUGACGAGUCCGUCCUCGUGCUUCUGCACAACGUGCACAGAGACCCGGCGGUUUAUGGCGAGGACGCGGAGGAGUUCAGACCCGAGCGAAUGCUGGACGAGAACUUCAACAAGCUGCCUCCGAAUUCGUGGAAGCCGUUUGGCAAUGGCGCUAGGGGCUGUAUUGGACGACCGUUUGCCUGGCAGGAGAUGAUGCUGGUGCUGGCCAUGACGCUGCAGUACUUCAACUUUACUCCCGAUGAUCCGCAGUAUAGCCUGCACAUUGCUUCGACUUUGACGAUCAAGCCGAAGAACUUCUCCAUGAGGGCAAAUGUUAGGGAAGGCUGGACUGCUCGAUCGAUCGAGCAGAGCCUGACCGGCCAGCAGCCGGUGGUAGCGACUCCUUCGAGAGCACCAAGCAUACAUGGAGCCGACGACCAUAAUGGCAAACCUCUCAUAAUUCUCUACGGCAGCAACAGCGGCACUUGUGAAUCUCUCGCUCAGACAAUCGCAGCAGACGCACCUGCACAUGGCUUCUCAGCAUCCAGUGUCUCAACACUCGACUCGGCCAAGCAACAUUUACCCACCGACGAGCCUGUUGUCAUCGUGACUGCCAGCUACGAGGGCCAGCCGUGUGACAAUGCGGCUCACUUCUACAACUGGCUUCAGAACUUACAGCCAGACGACAAGCUCAAUGUCAAUUAUACCGUCUUUGGCUGCGGUCACUCCGACUGGAAGCAGACGUUCCACCGCAUCCCAACUACAAUUGACAGCAUGCUGGAGAAGGCAGGCGGCAAGAAGAUCUGCGAUAUUGGUCUCACAGACGCUGCCAAAGGUGCGAUGAUGUCUGACUUCCAGACCUGGGAGGACCAGACACUCUGGCCAGCGUUGAAGAAGCAUUUCGGUGGAGAGGAAGAAGCUGAGAGUGCGGGUGUCGCUUCAGUCAGCCAAAGUGUCUCCAUCGAAGUGUUCAGCAGACGGGCAUCUCACCUCAGAUCAGACGUGUCUGAGGCGAAGGUCACCGCAGCGAAAACCCUCACGGCGCCUGGAACCCCGGAGAAGAGGCACAUCGAGAUUCAGCUGCCGACCGACAUGACCUACCGAGCCGGAGACUACUGCGCUGUGCUACCCCUGAAUCCACCAGAGACUGUACACCGAGUGAUGACACGGUUCAGUCUCCCUUGGGACGCCAUGCUCAAGAUCUCCUCCCGCACAGGAACACAACUCCCAACCGAACACCCCAUCUCCGCCCAAAACCUAUUCUCAGCAUACCUCGAACUCUCCCAACCCGCCACCAAACGCAACAUCACCAUGCUCAUCGAAGCCAGCCGCGACGACAAGACCAAAGCCUCCCUCACGGCCCUCCUCUCAAGCGACGACAACUUCCAAACCGAAAUCACCGACAAACGCAUCUCCCUCCUCGACCUCCUCGAACGCCACCCCUCCAUCCACCUUCCCCUCUCCGCCUUCGUCGCCUCCCUAAUCACCAUGCGCGUCCGCCAAUACUCCAUCUCCUCAUCGCCCCUCUCGGACCCCACAAAAGCCUCCCUCACCUUCACCGUCCUCGACGAACCCUCCUACAGCGGCCAAGGCCGCCACGUCGGCGUCGCCUCGCACUACCUCUCGACCCUCUCCCCCAGCGACAUCAUCCACGUCGCCAUCCGCCCCAGCCACACCUCCUUCCACCUCCCCACGGACCCCGAAAACAUCCCCCUCAUCCUCAUCGCCGCCGGCGCCGGCCUCGCCCCCUUCCGCGGCUUCAUUCAAGAACGCGCCGCCCAAAUCGCCUCCGGCCGCUCCCUCGCCCCCGCCCACCUCUACUUCGGCUGCCGACACCCGGACAAGGACUCCCUGUACGCCGCAGACCUCUCCUUCUGGGAAUCCAUCGCCGCCGUCAGCGUCCACCGCGCCUUCAGCCAGGCCCCGGAGCACAGCGGGGGACACAAACACAUCGAUCAAGUCCUCCUCGCGGACCGCAAGAAUAUCGCUGAGUUGUGGUAUGCCGGCGCGAAGGUGUAUGUCUGUGGGAGUCGCGGGUUGGGGGAGAGUGUGAAGAAUGCUUGCUUGGAUAUUGCGAGGGAGUCGGCGAAGGAACGCGGGAUGAGCGGGAGCGAGGAGGCGGUGGGGAGGUGGUUUGAGAGUGUGAGGAAUGAGAGGUAUAGUACGGAUGUUUUUGCUUGA